AUGGCAGACGUUGAGAUGACAGACGCUGCGGGAGACGCAGGCAAGGGAAAGGCCGUGUCGAAGAACGUGAAGGGAGACGCAGCUGCUGAGGGCAAGAAGAGAUUCGAGGUGAAAAAGUGGAAUGCAGUUGCUCUCUGGGCAUGGGAUAUUAUCGUAGACAACUGUGCUAUUUGUCGAAACCACAUCAUGGACCUAUGUAUCGAGUGCCAGGCGAACCAGGGCUCAUCUACCACAGAGGAAUGCACAGUUGCCUGGGGAAUCUGCAAUCAUGCCUUCCACUUCCACUGCAUCUCGAGAUGGCUGAGAACCCGACAAGUAUGCCCGCUUGACAACAGGGACUGGGAGUUCCAGAAAUACGGACGAUAG